CGAGUCCCUAGUCUUACCUACUAUAUUUACACAGUAGUACUAGACGAGGGGCCGGUGAGGGGAACCCGCCCGCUUUCCCCUUCUCCAGAGCGAAGCCCGCCCCACCAACGGGAAUUGAUCGGGCAGUCGAGUUUAGCGCUGAAAGGAAACUGACGCUAUCCAUGGAUGAAAAGUCCCUGACCAAGCCUACAUUAACCUCUCCCACUCCCCAACAGUAUCCCACCCCCAUGGCAUCUGCUCCUCCUGCUGGCCGUACAUGGCUCGCGCACUCCCACAAUGCGUGGACACCGUCAUCAUAGGCAAUGGCCCAUCUGCGCUUGUUCUCUCCUACAUUCUCCACGGCCACAUACCGUACUACAUUGGCGGGCACCAUGAUGCCAUCCUAGACUCCAAGUUAUCUCGGCGCCCGAACCUGCUCCAACUCACGCCGGACCUCCACGCCCACUUCCUCGCCUCUCUCCGCUACUCCACCCAGGCGCUUCCCGUAAAUACGCUGCUCGACACGCUUCUGCGGCCGAAUGCCGACACGGAGAUCAAUCCGAAGUCAUGCGUGGAAUGGCGAUAUGAGCCUGAAAGGACCGUAUCACAUGUCGUCAUUGGGCAGACAGAUCAACCGGGCGGACAAUGGGCGGAGAACGCCGGUUUCCCGAGUGCCGAUAUAGCGACAUUGAGCUAUGCGGAGCAGCUUUCGCUGCCUGGAUACUCGUAUGCUGAGCACCUGGCACGAAUCGGCAAGCAGGGCCAGUGCGACUUUGUUCGGCCAACCCGGGCGGAUUUCGCAGAGUACCUCAAGGCGUAUCCCGAGGCCGUGGGCAUAUCCGACACCGUAUACACGGCCACGAGAGCCGACGACGUAUAUCGCACCGCGAAAGGGUUUGCGAUUGGAUCCCUAGGUAUCCAUUGCAAGCAUCUAGUCCUGGCUUCCGGCAUCUUCACAAUCAACAUCCCUCCGCCUCCUCUGCUGGCACCUCUCGCACAAUUGCAUACUCCCGAUGAACCCCUGCUAGUAAUAGGAUCGGGUUUCACUGCCGCUGAUGUCAUCAUCUCGACCCCUCCGAGCAGAAAGAUUAUCCACAUCUUUCAAUGGGCGCCGGACAAGCGACCCUCGCCUCUAAAGGGAUGCCACCACUCGGCAUAUCCAGAGUACGCGACCGUUUACAGACACAUGAAGCUUGCGGCCCUGCCCUCGGCCAAGAAACGUGCAAGGUCACCGCUACUACGUCGAAGGUCGAGCGCUCUCUCUGUGCAACGCAGCUGGGCAUCUGAGUACGAAGGGCUUCCCAAUGCUCAGGUGAUAUCGGUAUCGUCUCCAGACGAUACCGGUUCUGCAACAGUGACGAUUCAACUCGCAUCAGGAGAGGAAAUCACUCGCAACGUCGGCGGACUGCAGUACGUGGUUGGCAGACGCGGCACGCUAGACUACCUUUCGCCCGAUCUCCGUUCGGAAAUCCUGGGUCCGGACGUCGACUCUUCCUCCCUGAUAUCUGGGCGCACCCUCCGCGCCAAAGCCGAGACGUCACUCGAGGUCGCUCCCAAUGUCUUCAUCAUCGGCAGUCUAGCCGGAGACAGCCUCAUCCGCCAUGCCAUGGGAGGCUGUGUCUUCGCCGCGGGGCGCAUCCUGAACCACAUCCCUCCGACGUACUCGCCCCUCGCAUCGCCAAAGCUAACCGCACAAUCGGCCUCUGCCUCUACCUCUACCUCUACCUCCACCUCCACCUCCACCGUCAGCGCUACCCCGCCUUCCGAAACCGAGUCGUCGCCGCCUCGGUCUCACACUCCUUCUGUGGGAAAUGACACGCCUCCCUCCUCGGAUCCCUGGGAUCCCUCUGCGCCAUGUAUGCUGGCGAACGGGCAUGCGGAUCUGCAUCUGGAUCGGCGGAAAAUGGCGCAAUCGGUGGAGAGGGCACACGAGGAGAAUCGGGUGUGGAGUCAUUCCGGGUGGUGGGCCGGUGGUGGGGGCUUGGGCAUGGGGCGGGAGAGGUAACGGUUCGGUUUGUUUGAUGGAACUGGCAGUAUCUAAUGAGAUGACGAAGUGAAUGAGUGCAUAGCAUGGCGGAGCGAUUGAUGAAAUGUAGAGCGUUGCAUAUGUUGUUCUGAGUCGAUAUGAUUGAUAUGCAGGUACAACGGAAUAAUCCAUGCAUCUUAAUGUGCAUAUGCCAGAGUUUACAAUCUGACACCGAAAUAAACUUUCUCCAACUGAACGGCAAGUCCACGCACAUAUCUAGGAGAUACAGC